UCUAUUUGAUUGAUUCAUUGAUCGAUCGAUCUAUAUUCUAUCAAUCACUUCCACCCAGGAGAGAGAGGGAGAUGUCGAGGUUCCAUGUCAAUGGGAAAGUGGUAGAGUGGGUGGACUUGUUGAAGAAAAGACAUUGGCCAUGGCGUUUGGACGUGUGGCCGUUUGUUAUUCUUUAUGCUGUUUGGCUUCUUACCAUUGUUCCUAGCAUAGAUUUCUUUGAUGCCUGGAUAGUUUUUGGUGGCCUGGUCAUUCUUCACAUUCUGGUAUUACUUUUCACGGCUUGGUCUGUGGAUUUCAGAUGUUUUGUCCAGUAUGGCAAGGUGAAAGACAUCCACCAUGCAGAUGCAUGCAAAGUAACUCCAUCAAAGUUCUCUGGUUCUAAAGAAAUUGUGCCACUUCAUUUUCGUAGAUCAUCAGCAGGUUCGGCAUCACUUCCGUUGGAUGCAGAAGAAAUUUACUUUGAUUUCAGAAAGCAACGUUUCAUUUUUUCAAAGGAAAGGGAGACCUUUAGGAAGCUUCCUUACCCUGCAAAAGAAACAUUUAGAUACUAUCUCAAAAGUACAGGCCAUGGGUCAGAACCUAAAGUGGCUAUUGCCACUGAGAAGUGGGGACGCAAUGUAUUUGAAUACCCCCAACCCACAUUCCGGAAGUUAAUGAAAGAACACUGUAUGGAGCCAUUUUUUGUGUUUCAGGUCUUCUGUGUGGGUCUCUGGUGUUUGGAUGAAUAUUGGUAUUACAGCUUGUUUACCUUGUUCAUGCUAUUCCUGUUUGAGUCAACAAUGGCAAAAAGUCGGUUGAAGACAUUAACUGAGCUUAGACGUGUGACAGUGGAUGCACAGACCCUAAUGGUGUAUCGCUGUGGGAGGUGGGUGGAGCUCUCUGGAACUGAACUUCUUCCUGGAGAAAUUGUCUCAAUUGGGCGCUCUUCUGGUGAAGAUAAAUCUGUUCCAGCAGACAUGCUUAUAUUAGCUGGAAGUGCAAUUGUCAAUGAAGCUAUUCUGACAGGCGAGUCUACUCCUCAGUGGAAGGUUUCAAUCUCAGGUAGGGGAACUGAAGAGAAGUUAUCAGUUAAGCGAGACAAAACCCAUAUUCUUUUUGGUGGGACAAAGAUAUUGCAGCAUACCCCAGAUAAGUCCUUUCAUCUAAAAACUCCUAAUGGAGGAUGCUUGGCAAUUGUGCUACGAACUGGAUUUGAGACUAGUCAAGGCCAACUGAUGCGUACAAUUUUGUUUUCUACUGAAAGGGUUACAGCUAAUAGCUGGGAAAGUGGGUUGUUCAUUUUGUUCUUACUUAUAUUUGCGAUUAUUGCUGCUGGUUAUGUACUUAAAAAGGGGUUUGAAGAUCCAACAAGGAGCAGAUACAAGCUUUUCUUGAGUUGUUCCUUAAUUAUUACUUCUGUUAUCCCACCUGAGCUGCCAAUGGAGCUAUCAAUAGCUGUUAAUACAUCUUUAAUUGCAUUGGCACGGCGUGGGAUAUUCUGCACAGAACCAUUUCGAAUUCCCUUUGCUGGAAAGGUUGACAUAUGUUGUUUUGAUAAGACGGGAACUCUUACAUCAGAUGAUAUGGAGUUCCGGGGUGUGGUUGGACUGGAAGACAGUCUCGAUUUACGGUCAGAUAUGACUAAUGUGCCUGUUCGAACACUGGAAAUUCUUGCAGCUUGUCACGCCUUGGUUUUUGUUGACAACAAGAUGGUUGGUGAUCCUCUUGAAAAGGCAGCACUCAAAGGAGUAGAUUGGUCUUAUACAUUUGAUGAGAAGGCUAUGCCCAAAAAGGGGAGUGGUCAUGCUGUGCAGAUCAUUCAAAGACAUCAUUUUGCUUCCCACUUAAAAAGAAUGUCAGUUGUUGUUCGUGUUCAGGAGGAAUUUUUCGCUUUUGUGAAGGGUGCCCCAGAAACUAUCCAGGAUAGGCUGAUUGAUUUGCCAUCAUCAUAUGUCCAUACCUACAAAAAAUACACACGUCAGGGAUCUCGAGUCUUGGCCCUUGCAUACAAACCUCUUCCAGCUAUGGCGGUUGGUGAAGCUAGAAGCUUGGACAGAGAUUUAGUAGAGAGUGGUCUUACUUUUGCUGGCUUUGCAGUCUUUAACUGUCCUAUUAGAACAGACUCAGCUUCUGUUUUGUCUGAACUAAGAGGAUCUUCACAUGACUUGGUGAUGAUUACCGGAGAUCAAGCUUUGACAGCUUGCCAUGUUGCUGGCCAAGUUAAUAUUAUUUCCAAACAAACACUGAUUUUAUGUCCAGCAAGGAAUGAUGAUGGUUUUGCAUGGAUUUCUCCUGAUGAAACUGAUGUUAUUACUUAUAGUGACAAAGAGGUGGAAACUUUGUCGGACUCCUAUGAUCUCUGUAUUGGAGGCGACUGCUUUGAAAUGUUACAGCAGACUAACGCUGUUCUCCAAGUCAUCCCAUAUGUGAAGGUUUUUGCAAGGGUUGCUCCUGAACAGAAGGAACUUAUCAUGACUACUUUUAAAACUGUGGGAAGGAUGACCCUGAUGUGUGGAGAUGGAACAAAUGAUGUUGGAGCUCUCAAGCAGGCCCAUGUAGGAGUUGCUUUACUCAAUGCAGUGCCGCCGGCUCAAUCUGGAGAUACAUCGUCCUCACAAACAUCCAAAUCCAAAUCAAAGUCAUUCAAGUCAAAAAAGCUCAAGUCUGGGUCAGAGUUAAAUGGGGACAGCAAAACUGUCCCCCGGUUAGACUCUAGUGCCUCAGGAAGUAAUCGCCGUCUGACAGCUGCUGAGAAGCCAAGGCAAAAAUUGAAGCAUCUCAUGGAUGAGAUGAAUGAGGAAGGUGAUGGUCACUCCCCACCCAUUGUCAAGCUUGGUGAUGCAUCUAUGGCAUCACCCUUCACAGCAAAACAUGCAUCUGUUGCCCCCACUACAGAUAUAAUCCGGCAAGGUCGCAGUACACUAGUCACCACUCUCCAGAUGUUCAAGAUCCUUGGUCUGAACUGCCUUGCAACAGCGUAUGUGCUGAGUGUAAUGAACUUAGAUGGUGUCAAGCUUGGGGACGUGCAGGCCACAAUUAGUGGAAUCUUCACAGCAGCUUUUUUCCUCUUUAUUUCUCAUGCUCGCCCCCUCCCAACCCUCUCAGCUGCACGACCUCAUCCAAACAUCUUCUGUGCAUAUGUCUUUCUUUCCCUCCUGGGCCAGUUUGCGGUUCACCUCCUUUUCUUGAUUUCUUCUGUCAAUGAAGCUAGCAAGUACAUGCCAGAGGAAUGCAUAGAACCAGACUCAGAUUUCCACCCAAACCUGGUGAACACGGUCUCAUACAUAGUUAACAUGAUGAUCCAGGUUGCCACUUUUGCUGUGAACUACAUGGGCCAUCCAUUUAAUCAGAGCAUCCCAGAGAACAAACCGUUCAUGUAUGCGUUGUUGGCUGCUGUUGGGUUUUUCACCAUCCUCACGUCAGAUCUGUUCAGGGACCUGAAUGAUUGGCUGAAGCUGGUGCCACUUCCGGAGGCAUUACGGGGUAAACUUAUAAUUUGGGCAUUCCUCAUGUUCUGCACCUGCUACAUGUGGGAGAGAGUGUUGAGGUGGGUUUUCCCUGGUAGAAUGCCAGCAUGGAAGAAGCGGCAACAAGCGGCAACUAUCCAACAGAAGAAGCGCCUUUGAUUAUUGCAAAGCAUAGGAGGCAGUCCAGUAGCUGUCAGCUCUAAGCAGAUGUAGCCACUAACAAUAUGACAGGCAAAUGGCUAGAAGAUGACAAUAGCAGUGCUGUGACAAUAUUAGCCACUGACAAUGGCAGCUGCAGUUUUGGUUGUAACAACGGUCUCUGUGUUCUGAUCAACUUCAGGUACCCAUUUCUGUUAUUUUUAUAGUUAUAUAUUUUUUUCAUGGGGAUUCCUUUCCCUUUGGUUUCUCCCUCGUUGAAUUGCUGAGGGCUGCCAACUUUUUGUAACAUUAUAUGAACUGGGUAGACUUGUAAAUUGACGGGUAAGAACAAUUAACAUUUAAUAUGAUGAGGUUUCAAACUUGAAAUCUUGAGGUGUGGAUA